GAAAAAAAAGAGAAAAUAGGCAACCUGCCCAAGCAUGCAGCGCUGCCCCUGAAUCGGCACUUGAGCUGAAGCAGAUCGGUCAUUGUCCCGGCCUUUCCAAUCUUACCCAGGUCACCAUGGUGCCCUUGGGGCACUUAGCCAAAGGGGCUACUUUGGAAGAUCUUCUUGAAACCUGCAUUCAGUCGUUUGAUUUAGAAGGAAAUGCAUAUAAAAACAACCAGCUGCUAAAGAUAAUUCUGGCCAUGCAUCAGUUUAUCAUCUCCUCUGCAGACAUGCUCCAGAAACUCAUUGAUCUCUAUCUUAAUGCUUUAGAAAAUAAAUCUUCCAUGCUGUGUGUAAAGAUAUGCUAUUUUGUGAGGUAUUGGAUUACAGAGUUCUGGGUUAUGUUCAAAAUGGACUCUAAACUAUCCACCACUAUGGAGGAAUUUCAAGAACUGGUUAAAGCUAAUGGGGAGGAGUUACACUGCCGUCUAAUUGACACAACUCAAAUCAACUCUAGGGAUUGGUCUAGAAAGCUGACACAGCGUGUAAAGACUAACACCAGUAAGAAACGGAAAGUCUCGCUUCUUUUUGAUCACCUUGAGCCAGAGGAGCUGUCAGACCACCUUACCUAUCUUGAAUUUAAGUCUUUCAGAAGAAUAUCAUUCUCAGAUUAUCAGAACUACAUUGUGAAUAGUUGUGUGAAGGAGAAUCCGACAAUGGAAAGAUCAAUUGCUCUUUGCAAUGGUAUCUCUCAGUGGGUGCAGCUAAUGGUUCUCAGCAGACCAACGCCACAGCUUCGGGCUGAAGUGUUCGUCAAGUUCAUUCAUGUUGCACAGAAGCUUCACCAGCUACAGAAUUUCAAUACAUUAAUGGCAGUGAUAGGAGGUCUCUGUCACAGUUCUAUUUCCAGACUCAAGGAAACAAGCUCAUGUGUUCCUCAUGAUGUAAUUAAGGUGUUUAAUGAAAUGACGGAACUGCUUUCAUCUUACAGAAAUUACGAUAGUUACCGACGUGCCUAUAAUGAGUGCAGUAACUUUAAGAUCCCAAUCCUUGGGGUCCACCUGAAAGACUUGAUAUCACUUUAUGAGGGCAUGCCAGACUACUUGGAGGACAAAAAAAUUAACAUAUACAAACUAUACUCUCUGUAUAACCACAUAAGUGAACUGAUACAACUCCAGGAAAUGCCACUUCCUCUGGAGGCCAAUAUGGACCUUGUUCACUUGCUGACACUGUCCCUUGAUCUUUACUACACAGAAGAUGAAAUUUAUGAGCUUUCAUAUGCACGAGAGCCACGAAGUCACCGAGCUGCUCCUUUGACACCUUCCAGACCACCAGUAGUUGCAGACUGGGCCUCAGGAGUAGCCCCAAAACCUGAUCCAAAAACCAUCAGCAAACAUGUUCAGAGGAUGGUAGAUUCUGUCUUCAAAAAUUAUGACCAUGAUCAGGAUGGAUACAUUUCUCAGGAAGAAUUUGAAAAGAUAGCCGCCAGUUUUCCAUUCUCAUUUUGUGUAAUGGCUAAGGACUGGGAAGGUCUGAUUAGCAGGGAUGAAAUAACAGCUUACUUUAUGAGGGCUAGCUCAAUCUAUUCCAAAUUAGGACUUGGCUUUGCUCACAACUUCCAAGAGACCACUUACUUAAGGCCUACUUUCUGCGACAACUGUGCUGGAUUUCUAUGGGGAGUCAUUAAACAAGGAUACAGAUGCAAAGACUGUGGAAUGAACUGUCACAAGCAAUGUAAAGACCUGGUUGUGAUAGAAUGUAAGAGAAGACCCAAAACUUCAGUUGCAGACAGCAGCCCAACAUCUGCUCUUGCUUCAAGCCUCUGUCCAGUAGGAGUCAAAGAACAAUUCCAUGGACAAGAAGAAGGAACAUUCACGUUUCCUAAUGGAGAAGCAGUGGGACACCAUGAAGACAGCAAGGACCGAACCAUUAUGCUCAUGGGUUCCUCAGCUCAGAAAAUCUCAGUGAGACUGAAACCAGCUGUGGUUCAUAAAGGUACACAGACUGAUCCUGCAGUGCUGGCUGGUGAUGUAUCUCGUAGGCAGACAGAGAAGAAAGAACACAGGAUGCCAGAAAAUCCUUAUCUCCAGGCAGCUCCGCCAUCCCCAUGUCCCAGCCCACUUCUAGGCCGCAAAAAGGCUUAUGUUAAAUGGGAAAACAAGGACUCCAACCAGAAAAUAAAGGAGGAGCAUCACAGCUGUAAACCCUCAUACCAAGAACUUGAGCAGGAAAGAAAUAUUCUAAAGGCAGACAAUGAAGGUUUAAAGAUCCAACUGGAACAGGCACAUAAAACAAUUGAAUCUCUCACAAUCCAGAGAAGAAACCAUGUAGUCAACCACCUACACAGAGACUGCUCCUAG